AAGAAUCUGGGGGAAUCCGGCGGUAGUGCGUGAUACGUUGUCGUUUCGGUUGGAGUUAUUCGUCGCCUCGUGUCGUUGAGAAACAGUGUAUGUCGCGGUGCGUUGUGUGUCGAGUGUCAUUGCGUCUCAUCGAUAUCGUCGAAAAAAGAGAACAGCAGAGAGUGCGGCCCAUCGCGUCAUAAAUCUUGCGCGAUCGCCGCGAGAAUCCGGUUCCAAGCCGGCGUAGUUACGUGAUAACUUCCGAGUACGAAUCUUAUUGCGCGCCUCGCCUCGCUUCGCUUCGUCUCGUCUGGUUUUGUCCCGUCUCGUCUCGUUUCGUCCCCCCCCUCCCCCACCGUUCGCCGCCGUUGUCGCUUCGUUUCUCGCCGAAACGCAUAAAGUGCAUGCUACCGUAGAUUGACAGCGAAUCUGCACGCCUCGCGGACACACGGCGGAGGAUGUUGGAUCGCGACACGGCGAUACAUCUCGUCGCCGGAGGAGUGGCUGGUACGGCAGGAGCAAUAGUUACUUGUCCGCUUGAAGUAGUAAAGACUCGGUUGCAGUCGUCGUCUUCCGGCUUUCAUCCACCUCCAAUAAGCAAGGAAUUCACAUCUGGUCAUCCAACAUGCAAAGGUUCACCGACGCCCGAACAACGCAGGAGGCUAUGCACUGGAUAUCCUAGGUAUUCCAGUCACUUCGUAGCUCUCUCGCAUUUCGGCGUUUCAACCUCUCCUCCGAACUCUUCCCGGCACGCGCCGGGCAUCUAUCAAUGCUUAAAAUACAUCAUCAAAAAUGAGGGUGCACGAGGACUGUUCAAGGGUCUUGGUCCGAAUCUCAUUGGCGUGGCACCCUCCAGAGCUAUCUAUUUUUGUGCAUACUCCAAGAGCAAGGUUGCAUUCAAUGCGAUUCUACCUCCCGAUACUCCAAUCGUUCAUGUUUUCUCCGCAUCCUGCGCUGGUUUCACCGCUUGUACAUUGACAAAUCCGAUUUGGUUUAUAAAAACCAGACUGCAACUGGACCACCGAUCGCACAAAGUCACAGCGAUAGAAUGUAUGCGGAGGAUAUAUCGACAAUCGGGUAUCCUGGGGUUCUACAAAGGUAUCGUGGCGUCCUACAUAGGCAUAAGUGAGACUGUGAUACACUUUGUGAUAUACGAAGCUGUGAAGGCGUGGCUAGCUACUCAUAGGUUGCGAGCUUCUCAAACAGAUGAUAGGAAGACUUUCCGCGACUUCAUCGAAUUUAUGGCGGCAGGCUCAUUUUCAAAAACGAUAGCGUCAACUAUUGCCUAUCCUCACGAGGUUGCAAGGACUCGGUUAAGGGAAGAGGGCUCCAAAUAUCGCACGUUUUGGCAAACUUUGAACACUGUAUGGAUAGAGGAGGGCACGAGAGGUCUCUAUCGAGGUCUUGGCACUCAGCUGAUCCGGCAGAUUCCAAACACUGCUAUUAUAAUGGCAACAUACGAAGCAGUAGUAUACGUGCUGACCCGACACUUCCGGCCAGUUACGGUGACGACAUCUAGCACUGAUGUGACAUCGGAAUUCUACAACGAUGCUAAAGCGAAGAGAGAGCUGGCCUAGGAUUUGCUUACGGCCCCUGAGUAAAGGGCCACUACCAUUUCCCCUUCUCCAGUAGGUGAAUACUGCAUGUACUCGGGGCAGCGUUCUAAGAUCUAAUUGCACGUUUAUGCGCAUCGAGAGCAGCUGGAAACGCGUUUGAUACCCUUAAUCGUUGCUCCAGGGGUACUUAAAAAGGUACCAGCUCUUUGGUCGCACUGUGCUCUAAAAGUAUAGCAAAAAGUAGACCUUCCUCCUUUCAGAUAGCAUGUACAUAUCCAGACACACGGACCCGCUGUAUCUCGCAGGGAGAAAAAGAGAGGGGUGAGAGAGAGAAAAGGGAAAUUGAGGAAAGCAGAUUUUGUUUAGCGGAUAGACGAAGGCCGAGACUUCGCUUCUCAUUUGUGGACGUGCGUGAAUACCGCGAAUAAUGGGUUUGUGUUAGAUAUUAGAUUUAUUUGAGACAAGAUUAUUCUCUACUCCAGAAACAAAACUCACUCCGAAUCCAAAAGUGUGAGGCUUACUAUAAUAAUCACUGUAAACUUUAAGUCUCUGACCUAAGGAUUUUGAUGUUCUCUGUUCCAUGAUUUGCAAUUCUUCUUUACAUCUUGGUUUUUUUCUUUUUUCACUUUGUUUAUAAGACAAAAAGAAAACAGAAGAUGUAAAAAACACUUUGGAAAUAUUUGUUAUUGUACAAUGUUUGGUUGAUAAGAGAGCAGCAAAUAAUAAUAGAUAUGUAUAGCGACUUCUAUUAUAAGUUUUUGACUUAUGCUAUGUGUUUCGAUUUUCCAGUUACUUCAAGUAAAAUGUUGUUACUAGAAAUCGAUUACUUUAAUUGGUUCUGAUUGUAAAUGGAAGAUUAUAGAUCUACUCUUCUUAAAAGUUUCAACAUUUUAGAACUCUAGUAAAAAUUAUGAUAUGCGUUUGCGUAAAAUUGUGAUAAAUAUUUCAAUAUGUAUUGAAUUUUGUGAAAUUAAAAUAUUUUUUGUUUUAUGUAUCCCAAUUAAAUUUUAAGUGAUGUAUCAUGCUUUAAAGAGCAACGUUGAAAACUAUAAAAAUGAAACUAUUUUGAUAUAUUCAAGGAACAUUACUACAAAGAAUGCAUUAAUAAAAUUAUUAAAUUGCGAACUUAGUAAAAAUAUUAAGCACUUAUAUAUUUUUUUAUUAUUUUUAAACAAAUAUUUUAAAUAUAUUUAAACAGAAAUUAAAAUGUGAAUUAUCCUUUAUUUCAAGAAUCUUUUAUCUUAAAACUAUGUAUGCUGUGUAUAAUUCUAAUAAUUAAUAUGAAAUGAGAGAACACAACUCCAGAUAAAUGAAAAAAGCAUAGGUGCUUAAUAAUUUUGGCUAAGGGUAUGAUUAUAUCAAAUCAACUAUAAUUUCUUAGAAAUUUGUUUAUAUAUUUAUUAUGCUGGCAUUCUGUUAAAUUAUGUACGAGGCAAUUUCAAAAAAUUUCCAGAAUUAGUUGAUACAAUAUCUGUAAUUAAACAAUGUGCAUAUUUGAAUUUUAGCAGAAUUUUGGCAUAUUUGGCAGAAAUACGAACAGAGGCAUUAAUUAUACAAGCGUAUGAUGAUAGGACAAUAAAGACUAUUGAAAGAAUAUUUUUACUGCUACAUUAUAAAAAGUAGAACGGUAUUUCUUUGCAUAGCUUUAUCACAAAGUCGCUUCCAAGAAUAUUGUCAAUAACUUUAUAGAAUCGCAUAAUUAUAUGAAAAAAUAGAAAGUUCUCUUUGAAGAAAAUGCAUAAUUCUUACGAAUAUGAAAUUUUUUGUAGAAGAUAUAAAUAAGUGUUAAUAUUUUUCAGAAAAAUGAAAAAAUUCCAGAAAUCUUUGAAGCUACCUCCUACACUUUAUAAAAUUUUAUGACAAGUUUUUCAAUAAAUUCAAUUUUAUUUUAUUAUAACGUUUGAUCUGUAUUUUUUAAUUUUAUUUUUUUUCAUAUGUUUCAACUAAUUUUGUUAGACUUUGAUCUUGUGGAUUUCCUCGCCGAUACCUCGCUAAUAUAUGAUAAAACACAACUAGUUUUUAACAAAGCGAUAUACGUUUUAACAGAUUAGAAACAAAAGCAACAUUGUUAAUGUUAGACUUGUUGGAGGAUUAGCGUGUGUUAGGCUGUUCUAAUAUUUCCACUUUAUUUAUGUAGAAAGCUAUCGCGAUGUUGUGUACAUAUCGAACCGUAGACUCUAGCUAUGUACAUUCACAAAUGUUCAUAAAUUAAUUAAUCAUAUGUAACAUCGCAUGAUGUAAGAUCUUUAACAAGAGAACUAGAAUAUUACAAGAACUGGAAAACAAGAAUUCAAAUCACCGUUAAUAUAUUUAGUGUACCUGUUAUCAGAUACGCGAAAUAGUUAACAACACAUAACUAUUUAUUUCUUGGGUUAUCCCAGGACGUAUGUGACUGUUUUUGUGAGGAGGUUUUAAAAAGAUAGAUAUGUCGACUUUAAGAUUUCUAUAGGAAUUGUUUCAUGAAAGAAACGUCAAUUUUGUUUUCUUUUUUUUUUAAGCCAAACCAUGUAACAAUUGUUCAAAAAAUAGUUUUAAUUUUACAAUUUCCAGUUUUUAUUUUAAAUUAUUAAUUUUUUUCAUUCAAGAACAAUAAAAGAUUACAAUUUUAAUUUAAAAUGUUUAAAUACUUUAUUAUAUGAUAUUUUUAUGUUUUCAGAUGUGUGCCAUGCAUUAAAUUUUUAUUAAUUGCUACUUAUUACGAUAUGAUACACGUUUCUGCACAAUGACUAUGUAAUUCUCUGACAAUGAAGUUAUAUAUUUUAAUAUUUUACGUCAACGUUUGAGAAUUAAAUUUUAUGUAUUUCGAUAUGUUUGGUACAGUUUUAUGAUGUUCAAAAGUUUAUACAUAUAUGCGUAUUGUUUUCUAAAAUCAUAGGCACAUUUAUUUUUGGUUAGUUAAUAUUUGGUUUAUAUCAUGUUAUGUCGGUUACGAUUUCAAUCAAAAAAACCGAGAAUGUGGGGAAUUUAUAGUUUAAUAUGCAUAUAUUUUACUGGUUAUCUAGAGAAAAAUCUUCAUAUUAUAUGUAAAGAAGCUGUGAUUUGAUUUUACCUGUAGAGCUUGGCGUUUCAAUAUACAGCAAGUUGCACAAUGCUCAUAUAGAAUUUAUGUACUCUGUCCUGUAAGUCGUAUUAAUUAAAUUUAGAAAGAACAAAUGAUAUAUAAAUGAUAGAUAUUUCCAAAUAUGACAAAAAGAUUUACUUGCUUUUUCAGUAAUGAUUUCUAAUGAAAAUAUAGUCAUUGAUACAAUUAGUAUCUACAAUUGAAAGGUUCCCAACAAGCAAAUUAUUUGACUAAAUCUUUCUCAAAGAUGCCUAAAACCGUUUACACGUUCAAAUAACUUGUUAAAUAUGUUUGUCAAAUCAUUUAAAAUAUAUGUAUCGCACAUUCCAAAUUGGCGAUAACUAUAUAGUUUUGUCAUUUACACUACACGUUUCAAUAGAUUUAAUAAGCGUACUUGAUUAUGCAUGAUUGACAAUUUUAUUUGAAUGUGUAUAGCCAGCUUAAGAAAAAUGUAAGGAAAGGACCAGAAGUAGAAAUGGUAUUUUGAAAUAUGAUUUGUUGCAAAAGAUAGUUCUUUGGGCCCAAAUUAAAAAUCCUAAACCCUAACUUUAGACACUUACUAAUUUUAUUAAAAAACAAUAAUAUAAAAAUUUUAAAGUCAUCUGAUAUAUAAAUUACUUGAUAGGAUGAUAGAUUUGAGGAAAUGGAGGAAAAAGUUAAUUUUAUAUUAUUACAGUCACCUUUUUCUCUAUACAUAGAUAUAAAUAAAUUUCGGAUUAAUGCUUUUUUAUUAUUAUCUUGACAGUAGUGGACAGCGUAAACUAGUACUCAAGCAACUUGGGUUUACAUUAAUCCAAAUUGUUAUUUAUAUGCAAUAAAAAGGCAAAUAUUCUUAAAUGGUCCUAAAAUAUUGCAAUACUUAAUUUUUCUUUUUUUCAUUUUCUAAAACUUGUUAUCCUACCAAAUAGUUUUUAGAUCCAAUUUUAAAAUUUGUUUUUUCUUUUUUUUUUAAUCUAAGGAAUGUCUGAAGUUAGAGUGUAAGAUUCUUAAUAUCACGAAGGGCACGAAGAACUAUCUUUUGAAACAAACCGCAAUUUAAAAGGGCCCGUUUCCAUUUCUGGUUCUCUUCCCUUGUGAAAGAUAUAUACGACUUCUAGAACACUGUACGUGAUUGAUAUAUUAAUUGUUGACAUCUUGUUGAGACUUCUAUGAUACCGUUGUCAAUUGUAAGAUGUAUGGUCUAGGAAUGCAGAUUCUAAGUACCAGGCUGUUAUUAAUCGAGCAUAGUCAUUCGCAUCAUAAGAGUAUCGUGUACCUUUUAAAAAAUUGCUAAAAUGUAUGAGAACUGGAUGUGUGUGCCAAGUUGUAAAGAAUGUACAGAUAUUAGAUAUAGGAAGUCAUUGGGAUAAGCAAUGAAUUUUUCUAAUGAAGUCAGGGACGGCGAGUGAUGAAAAAUGCAAAGAGAAGGAGAGUGAGAGAAAUAUUUCGUAUAUUCACGAAAAGCGAAUGUUUUGUUAAAGACUGACGUUGUACAAUUACCUAGCGUAGCAUGAAAAAAAUUAAUACAAAUAUAUGCAAGAUCCUGUAAUUGCACGUUUUGAGUAGCGUCUUUAAAAAAUGGAAAAUUAAUUUAUAUGUUUCAGGAAAUACAUGUAAAAUAUUAAUCUUUAAUUUUUUUUUUUUAAAUAAAGCAUUUUAUUCGUUUCUUAACUUUCAUUUGCGAAUAAAUUGCUGGAACAAAUAUUCAAUCAGAUUCACAGCAAAACAUUAAUCAAACUUCUUCAAGUCUAACAAAGAGAAAUGCCAUUACUGAAUUCGCAAAAUAUGACUUUCUCAGAAAUGAAGCCUCUCUCAUGUAUGUAAAAAAUUUAUUGUACAUUUUCAAUUUAUUUUUGUAUGUAGGAUUACCUUCCCAAUUGUAUUAUCGAUUACAGGGUAUCCUGUGUAUGUAUAUAAGCUUACGAUACCCAGUAAGUAAAUUGUACGGAUAAAUUUAUGUGUACAUAAAUAUCAAUAAAGAGUAAAAUAAAAAGUA